GUGGUGGUGGUGUGGGGGGGGGGCACGGGUGGUGUGGUGGUGUGGGGGUGCACGUGUGGGGUGGUGGGGAAGCUGGGGGCGGUGGCUGUGACCGGCACGGGCACUCGGCUCGCUCCCUCGGUCGUUGCUGCUGUUGUUGGUGGUGUCCAGAGGCCGGUGACGGGAUGGCGAUCCUGGGCAGGUACUGGCCCCUGGUGCGAUUCCUCGCCCCUCUCGCUGUCACCAUCCUGGCCUCGGAUCUGAGCGAGCAGGUGUUAAAUCGUGGGAUAGCGUCGAUGAACAGCAACUCGGUGGAGACACUGGCCAGCUAUGGCCUAGCCUACUCCCUUAUGAAGUUCUUCACGGGACCCAUGAGCGACUUCAAGCACGUGGGGCUCGUGCUCGUGAGCAGCCGGCGGGAGCGCUCCAAGGCCCUGGGCUGCAUGGCCGUUACCGGUGCCAUGGUGGCUGCCUUCCACAUGCUCAUUGCGCUCACUGACUUGGGUUAUUACACCAUUGAUCGGCUACAUCAAGUGGACGAGGCUGUUGGGAGAAAAACGCGGCAGGCUUUUCUGUACCUGGCGGCUUAUCCUCUAGUUGAUGCCCUGGCGUGGACACAUGUGGGCAUAUUGCUGAAGCACAAGUACACCAUGAUUGUAGGCGGUGCCUCCGUUUCUGAUGUCUGCGCACAGGUAGCAUUUGUGACAGCGUUUGUACAUAGCAGGAUUGAGUGUGACCCGCUGCUGGUCCCUAUCCUGGCCUUAUACACCGGCGCCAUGGUCAGACUCGCCAUGGUUUGCCUUACCUACUACAUCAAGGUGCAAGGCCUUCUUCUUAAGGAAGCCAGACCCGAUGUGACAGAGGUCUCGGUGUGCAGAAUGCUCAACUUCUGGUGGCCAUUGGCACUUAUACUGGCGUCCCAGAGAAUCAGCCGGCCCAUUGUCCAUCUGCUGGUAUCUCGAGACCUCCGUGGAACACCUGCUGCCACGGAGGCUGUAGCAAUCAUGACAACAACCUAUCCAGUGGGACACAUGCCUUACGGAUGGCUCAGAGACCUGAGAACUAUAUACCCAGCUUUUUGCAAGACUAAUCCCAGAAACCGCUCGCUGUCAACACCUGGAGGAUACUUCUCUCCUGCAGAGAUAAGGAACUUCACAGCAGCUUGUUUUGCUACUGCCUUCAGCUUGUGCCUGCUGAUGUUCUGGUUCCCUGGCCUGGCUCAGAAAAUUCUGGUGACCAUCAUUGGGCUGGAGCCCACAUUUGCCCAACGCUGCAUUGUUCCACUUCAAAUUUUUUCGUUCUUUCCAAUCCCAAUUACAAUCCGUGCACAUCUGAGUGGAUGGCUCAUGAUGCUCAAGAAAACGCGAAUCAUGGCCCCAAGCCCGUUUAUUCGACUCACUGUACUCGUUAGCUGCCUCCUCGCCCUACCCUACCUCGGUGUGCACGGUGCCGCUCUGGGCGUGGGAUCACUGCUGGCGGCCUUUCUCGGCGAGGCCUUCUCUGUGAUGGUUGCUUUCUGCUACAUCUGCUACAAACAGCCGCUUGAUGUCCCAAAGGGCUUGCCGAGUGCAGAGACGUCCGAGCCAUCAGACGAGAGCGACUGGAGCAUUUACGAUGACGGGACGUGUGAGCGUGCCACGCUUAUCAGCGACACGACCGGUGCCACUACCGGUCCACACAGAAAAGGGCUGUACACAUAGCAAUACUCAGACCAGUAAAAACGGCAGCUUGCAACAGAGCAAAUACUCCACCAUUCUGAGAGCUCUCAAUCAAGACAGUUGAGCUCUGGGCCACAGUGGUAUCAUAGAUAUGUAAUUGGUCAGCAUUUAAGGCAAAGGACCUCUUUACAGU